GGCGGAGGCUGCAGGUGGGGGAGUCCCCUCGCGCCCGACCAUGUCUCACGGGCACAGCCACGGCGGGGGCAGCUGUUGCCAUGGCGACGACCACGAAGAGCCUCCCGAGCGGCGCGGCCAGGCCUGGGGCCUUUACCUGCGCAUCGACCGCGAGCGCCUGGAGUGCCUCAACGAGCGGAGGGAAGGGAGCGGGGCGCUCGUGUUCCGCGCCUGGGAAGAGCGUGGGGACCGGCAGAAGUUUGUAGAAAGCGAUGAUGGUGAAGAGCUCUUAUUUAAUAUUCCAUUUACAGGCAAUGUGAAAUUAAAAGGAAUAAUUGUGAUGGGAGAGGAUGACAAUACACACCCCUCAGAAAUGAGACUGUUCAAGAAUAUUCCUCAUAUGUCCUUUGAUGAUACUGCCAGAGAACCAGAUCAGAUCUUCAGCCUGAAUCGUGACAUUUCAGGGGAACUGGAAUAUCCUACGAAAAUUGCUCGCUUCUCAAAUGUUUCUCAUCUCUCCAUCCACUUCUCCAAGAACUUUGGUGCUGAGACGACAAAAAUCUUUUACAUAGGCCUAAGGGGAGAAUGGACAGAACCUCAUCGACACGAAGUGACGAUCUGUAACUAUGAAGCAGCAGCAAACCCAGCUGAUCACAAACUUGAUCAGAUCAUGCCACAGACACACUUCAUCUCCUAACUGCGAAGGCUUGUGCAACGUUGAGUGGACUUGGAAAGAUGCUGAACAGUUGAAGCUAAAAUGAGUGGUACUCUUUUUGGAUGGGAUGUAUGCAUGUGGCUGGAAGAGCAGAGUAUCAAAUACUUGGCAAAUCGGUACAAAUUACACUGUUGCUAUGAUUAGUUGUGAAAGUUGAUCUUAAAAUAAUUAGCCCUUCUUGAACUUCACCAUGUAUGUCUUAACAGUAUCUGCUUGGCCAGAAUGUUUCUAAGACUGAAUUUUUUGUUUGGUUGCUGCUACUUUUCUUGCUGGCAUGCAUAAAGGUUGAGACUAUUGGGUGGUCACACAACAAUCCCUAGGAUUUUCUUCUGGCUUUUGAAUUUAGCUUGGAUAUAUGGAGAUUAAAUGUUCCUGGUGGGCACAUUUAUUAAUUUCCAAUGUGAUUUCUCCAGCAUAAUGGUGACUGGGCUGUGCACCAAAGCGCUACAGGCAUUGCCAUAAGCAUAAUUUGGUAGAUACCUUGCUAAUGUAUAACAAUGUCAGUUGUAAGUUUAAAACCUAGAAAAUAUAAAGACCUAGGAAUUUAUCUUGCCUAAGAUGCAACUUUCUAUCUGAUGUGACCUUUUUUUGUAAUAAAUAUGGCAAAG